AUUGUUAAAUUUAUUUCAUAUAAAUAAAAUAGUAAAAUAACAAGAAAAGAACUAGGAUCAUUUUCUUGACUAUUCAGAUUCUCCCCACCACUUCUCCCCACAAAACCCUAACACCAGAAAGAGACAAAUCUCCUAAACCCUCACUCAUGGCGGAUCCUGAAACCGACAACCAUGAAGAACCGACAUUCCCCUCCAAACGUAAGCCCGAUCAAGAAGACACCCACGAUUUUCCUAACAAAAGCCCCAAGAUAACAACCGCCUUAAACGACAACAAUUCCCAGGAAUCCGAAGUUCCCACCACAACCAAUUCUUCUUCCGACGCCGUUCCCGUCAAAGAAUCCGGCGGAGACGAUGAAGACGAUGACAUUGAACCCGAAAACGACACUGACGAUGAUGAUGAUGAUGAAGACGACGAGGAGGAUGAUUCAGAAGGUGAGCGUGUGGUGGACCGGAAGGGAAAAGGGAUUUUGCGUGACGACAAGGGAAAGGGGAAAUUGAUUGAAGAAGAUGAUGAUGAUGACGAAGACGAUGACAGUGACGACAGUGAUGACAGUGAUGAUGAUUCUGACGGUAAUGUGUCUGGUAGUGACAGUGAUUUUUCUGAUGAUCCGCUGGCGGAGGUGGAUUUGGACAACAUUCUUCCCUCCAGGACUCGCCGGCGACCGGCUUACUCCGGUGUGCACAUUUCUGGAGGCGCGGGGCAAUGAUGCUACAUUCUACAGAGGUUGGACUCCCGACUCUGAACCGUGCAGCAGAAGGUUUGAGUUUGUGUUAGAAGGACUGCGAUGUUCUCAACUAGGGCUGUUUAAUGUUGUUUUAGGCUGAAGCUACCCAAAUUCCGGGUGGCUUACAGCGAUUUUUGUCUUCCAUUGUGUACCUAUUCUUUUGUUUUUUGUUUGUUGAGACUAGAAGCCUUUUUGUGUUUCAAACGUUUGCCCUGGACAAUUUACUCACUUUAUGGAACUGUACUGAUAUCUGAAAUGAAUUGUAUUGCACUGGAUGUUUUGAGGUA